ACAUCAAUCGGGGCGUGGACUCAGAGCGACCAGUGGAGAGGAGACGGUGGUGGUUCUGGGGUGGGGGGGAAGAAGAAAAACAGAAAGAACUCCUCAAGAUACCAACUGACUCUCAUGUCCCAUGCUUUUUAAAGAGACCCGGGGAACAAACUGCCAGCCUACAACACCAGCAUGGAUGACAUUUUCACACAGUGUCGAGAAGGGAACUCAGUGGCUGUCCGUCUGUGGCUGGACAACACAGAGAAUGACCUCAACCUGGGAGACGACCACGGCUUCAGCCCUCUCCACUGGGCGUGCAGGGAAGGGAGGAGCGGCGUUGUCGACAUGCUCAUCAUGAGAGGAGCUCGAAUCAACGUGAUGAACCGUGGAGAUGACACACCUCUGCAUCUGGCAGCGAGCCACGGGCACAGGGACAUCGUGGCUAAGCUGAUUCAGUGCAAAGCAGACCCCAAUACAGUCAACGAGCACGGGAACACCCCGCUGCACUACGCCUGCUUCUGGGGCCACGACGAAGUUGCAGAGGACCUGCUAACCCACGGAGCCCAGGUGUGUGUGUGUAACAGAUACGGGCAGACACCUCUGGAUAAGGCCAAGCCGCACUUAAAACAGCUGCUGCAAGAGAAGGCAGAGAAAAUGGGCCAGAACCUGACCAAAAUCCCAUACAAGGAAACCUUCUGGAAGGGUACAAUGAGAACACGACCCCGUAACGGCACCCUCAACAAGCAAGCUGGUAUUGAUUACAAGCAGCUCUCGCUCCUGGCAAAGAUCAAUGAGAACCAGUCUGGAGAGUUGUGGCAGGGCCGAUGGCAAGGGGAUGAGAUUGUGGUGAAGGUGCUGCAUGUGAGAGACUGGACCACCAGGAAGAGCAGAGACUUCAACGAGGAGCAUCCGAAACUCAGAAUAUUUUCUCAUCCAAACAUUUUGCCUGUUCUUGGGGCAUGUCAGUCGCCUCCUUCUCCUCACCCGAUCAUCAUCGCCCACUACAUGCCAUACGGAUCUCUGUACACCAUACUCCACCAAGGCACAACGCUGGUGGUCGACCAAAGCCAAGCAGUCAAGUUCGCCCUGGACAUUGCCAGUGGCAUGGCGUUCCUCCACACCUUAGAGCCAAUGGUAUCACGGCUUUACCUCAACAGCAAGCAUAUCAUGAUUGAUGAGGACAUGACAGCCAGACUCAGCAUGGCAGAUGCUAAGUUCUCCUUCCAGUGUCCCGGUCGCAUGUACUCUCCGGCCUGGAUGGCCCCUGAAGCACUGCAGAAAAGGCCAGAGGACAUCAACAGAAGAUCUGCUGACAUGUGGAGCUUUGCAGUGUUACUUUGGGAGCUUGUUACCAGAGAGGUCCCGUUCGCAGAUCUCUCAAACAUGGAGAUAGGAAUGAAGAUUGCUCUGGAGGGACUCCGGCCAACCAUUCCACCAGGCAUCUCGCCUCACAUCUGCAAGCUGAUGAGGCUCUGCAUGAACGAAGACCCGGCCAAGAGGCCCAAGUUUGACAUGAUCGUUCCCAUCUUGGAAAAGAUGCAAGACAAGUGAACGUCUCAGAGGCAACGUGUCCACGUCUCUUUUUUUUUUUUUUUUUUUUUUUUUUUUUUUUGGCAAUAUUAUCCAACCACUCUUUAGCUUCACUCCCGGACAUGGCCACUGUAAAUAAAGCCACAAACCACUGCAGCUGCAUGUCGUUGGAACAAAUUGCUACGCUCGUUUUGUUCAAGUUAAUUUGAAGUUUUUGUGUUACUUUGCCUGCGUUGCUCUUGUAUUAUUACUCAAAUGUUGUUGCUUUUUUAAAUAUUGGAAAACUUUAUCUACAGUGGGAACGACAUUUAAGUGAUUCUUAAGACAGAAGCCGAACCAAAGAAGUGUGCAUAGCAUUAUAGAUUUUUAUACACGCCUGCAACUGCAGAGGAAGUAAAGUUUUAUAUUUAUGACAAAUGUUUGCUCUAACAUAUUACCUUCCGUUUGUGAAGCACUUGGCAUAUAAAUUAUUUUCACUUGUAAAUUUUGCAGUGGCCUUUUUGCUGUCAGGUUGCAUUCAAUGAUGCUUUGACGCAGUGUGCCUUUAAGCUAAAUUGACAGGUAUUUUGUGAAAACACCUAUUAAUUUUAUUGACUUAUCUCAUACUGCUGCAGAGUAGAACAAAUAUAUAUAUACGCAGUUUCUCUGCUCUUUUUUUACUUUUUAUCCUACUGGGUAACAUUUAUUUUUGACAUUAAAAUAGAUUGUUGGCAAAUAUUAAAGUAUCAUUAUACAAAAUGAAAUCCAACAUAAAAAGAUAUUAAGACUGAAACGAUUGAAAAUAAUGCAUUAAACAUUUUCUCAUU